AUGGCCCCCGGGCCAAUGGAAGAAUCAGAGGAAGAAUUUUGGCAGGAAGAAAAUUCCGGAGAGAGGGACUUUUGGAAGCAGGCCCUUCAUCAAGCGGAUGUUGAGGACGGGGUGCUACACCGAGCGAGAUUACUCUGUACUCCGAUGAGCUCACCCAAGCCAAAGUCCCCCUCGAAGAAGCGUUCGAAGCCAAAGCGGAUGGCCGAAAAGGGUGUGGCCACCGAUGUCGCGAGUGGCGUGUUCAAACGCAAGCGCAAGAAUAUCACGUCGUAUGGUACAAUGACGCAGACAUCCUCGACGUCUCAGUCAGAAGAAGAACGGUACUACACAGCCGAAGGCAGCGAUGCAGAUGAGAAGGAAGUAGUGGAUACGGACGUGGAUCCUACUCCCCCUCAAACACAAGAAUCCUCUUUCGCCUUCUCGACCCAAUUUCCUUCGCGUGCGACGUCGAUGACAUCGGUGUCCACGGUGUCUUCUCUCUCGUCUGCAUCUAGUAAAAAGCGUACGCUCGAUUACGCUGAUGUAUUUGCAGGCCCUUCUUCGCCGGGGCCACGCGUCAGUAUCAAGGCACGCAAGAAGACGCGGCAGAUGGACAGCUCUUCAACAUCGUCAAUACCCAGAGAUUCGACGUCAACGCUUCACGUACCUGCGCCACUCCGAUUUCCGCCGCCUGCAUGCCAUUCAGAAAUGGUCCCUCUCCCUCAAAUCACGCCCUCGCCAAGUCGCCCAGAAUCUGUCAAUUCCGCCGCUACCACCAUGAAGGGAGAUGACCCGCAAACACCGUCAAAGGCGGCCCCAUUAAAUGCUUCUGCUCAAAUUUCUCGCACCGACAGGCUUCGCCAGUCCAUCACCAUCGCGUUGCAGUCUGCAUCGAAGUCAUCCACCUCUGCUAUACGCGCCAGCGCAGCUGACCCGGUAAUUAUCGCGCAUUCGCGCAACGUCCAGGCGAUGUUGGAUGCAGAACAGGUGUCUUGGGGGGUGCAGUACGAGAUCGCCCGCGGUAUCUGCUCUGGCUUGUGGACUUGGCAGGAUGUCACCAUGGAGAAAUUGGAACGACUGAGAGGACCGAACCAAAUGGCAGCCCCUCGUGUUCACGCGGUUAUGCUCUCGCGAGCCUCGGACAGGACGCCGGUGACUGACAUGCCGCUUUGGAUAGAGCUUGAUCGAGAGCAAGCCGCGCUCGCAGACGACCCAACUCGCGGACUCGGCCUGCAGGGCGAGUGGCAAGGUGAGGCCAACUGGUACGGCGGGCGCAUCCAGCAGGUUGCGCGGCUCGUCAAGCAGGACAAGGGCGCACCGACACCAUACACGGUUGUCCUCGAGAAGAUGCUCAAGCGCAAGUCGACGCGCUUCGCCCGGUUCCUCGGCUCGCGCCGCGUACUGCAAGUUAGCAUUCCGCAGGAGCUAAUGCGCGGCGCCGAAGUCUCAUGCGUGCGUGACUUCCUCGCACAGCGGUUCGUGCUCUGCGGAAGGGUCUUCGUGUCGUUCGCGACAAAAGAGCACAAGGUCUUCAUGAUGGAGACCAACGAGGAUUUCGAACGCGUCGCUGAUAGUCGAGGCGACCAGCAUAGGAUCUCGCUUGAGCAGUUUGUCGAUUGGCACAAUCCGCUCGCUCUCAACGCGUGGCAGCCAACAUCGAAAUGGAUUACCCGGUUCGAGCUAGGGCUCUCGACGUCGAUGCCAGUUCUGCGCUUCCGUGGCGUUGGCAUCGACAUCGAGUAUAUCGAUGAUCUGGUUGCACCAUAUCAUUCGUCUUUGAAGAAGGCACCCACCGAGAAUAUUUUCACGGAUGGGUGUGGAUACAUGAACGGUGCCGCGCUGACAGCAAUUGGGCGCCUCAUCGGCUAUUCAGAGCGUCCGACUGUGGUGCAGGGUCGCUUUGCCGGGUCCAAGGGCCUGUGGGCACUACAUCCCGAGGACCAGGAGCCCAAUGCGCUACCCAGGAUGUGGAUCCGCUCUUCACAGCAAAAAAUCAAGCACCACGACGAAAAGCUUGGGCCCGCGCAACUAACCUUCGACCUGGUCGCCCCACCACGUAUAACCAUUCCCGCGCGACUCUCUAUGUACACCAUUAUGAAUCUGUCGCACAACGGCGUCCCUGAUGAGACCUUCAUCAAGCUUAUGCAGGACGGGCUCAAGAAGGAGGUCGAGGCACUGACCACUUGGGAUGGUCCACACGCUAUGGUACUGUUAUGGCACGCGGUCAAUCAGGUGGGCCACGUUACGCUAUCCAAGCUCCGUCAGCAGGCAGCUGGCGGUGCGCGAAUUCUUGGAUUCGGGAGAGCUCAAGAUCGCGAUGAUUGGGAAGAUGACGACGUCGACGAUGGCCUGGAGGACGAGACGCUCGAGGUUGGAAGCCUUGAAUAUGAGGGCGAGCCCACGUCAGUGUCCGCGGCAGUCCUGGAGUUGUUGCAAGCCGGCUUCCAGCCGCUGAAGCUUCCGCUCUUGUACGAGAAGCUGAGGAAGGUCGUGGCUGACCGAAUUGAAGACUAUAUCAGGAACUACAAGAUAACAGUUCCUCGUUCCGCCGAGGCGUUCAUAAUUCCAGAUCCUUAUGGUGUCCUGGAGGAGGGUCAGAUCCAUUUCAAGUCAACGCAGAACUUGAAAGACCCACUUGAGGAAUCAAAUCCAACGAUCGUUACUGGUGACGUUCUAAUAUACCGCAACCCAACGAGGGUGCCGUCAGACGUCCGGAAGGUGAAGGCCGUGAGCCAUCCUAAGCUGGACAAGUACGUCAAUGUGAUAGUACUGCCCGUGAAAGGCAGUCGGUCGCUAGCGAACAUACUGGCUGGCGGUGAUGUGGACGGAGACGUCUGUACCUGCAUCUUCGAUCCGGAUCUGGUCGACAGUUUCGAGAAUUCGCCAAUCAAUGAUCCUCCACCCGGAUUCAAGGAAACAUUCUUCGAAGCGGAAGGGUCAAUUGAGCAGGUCUUCGGCCUCAAACAAAGGCUGGCUGAACUCGGCAACCCUUCUCAGCAGAUAGAGCUAAGCAAGGUCUUACUAUCUGGACUCUCGGAAGUUCCCAUCGGCCUAUACUCGACCAUGCACGAGAACACGGCUUAUGCGUUCGGGUUCUGCACUGUCCUUGACUCACGAAAGACAGGUUUGAGGGUCAAGGACGGGGUCUUCAAGAAAGACAAGCAGCAAUAUGAUAAGGAGAAGCCCGACUGCAUGACGAAAAGCAGCACGGCAUCAACAGUGCUCAACGGCCCUUAUAAGUCAAGGCUUCGGCGACAAAUCAGGCGACGCUUCGUACUGGAGACACUCCUGGACGCUGGGAGGACAUUACAAAGCGAACUAUUAGCUAAAUACGAUGGAAUGCGCGCAGACCUCGCCCAACAACCUGAUAACGAUCUACUUAGACCUUACCAACAAGCAAGUCGUUUAGCGACUACUAUAGCGACUCAGGGCCUUCGCAGCCUGCAAAGUGAAACGACCUCUAUCCUGGAGCACGUCCAUCGCGGUCUUCAGGCUUGGCGGUCCUUGUCCAGUAAAUCCCCGCAAUCCCCUGCCAAAGCUUCGCCAUCCAAGUCACGUGUGGACGCGAAGGCGAAGGCGGAGAAGGGGAAACCCUACAAGGACCUCGCGAUCAGCUUUAUGCGCGAUUUGCACAAUGUCCCUCACUUUGCGGAGUUCCCUGUACGCCUAGACGCCAUCUUGGCAUCCUGUGCCUACCAAGAAAACCCAAAAUUCGCCUUUAGUGUCGCUUUCCGUAGCCUCUGCAAGAUCAAGGCGGAAGCUUCCGGCUCCGCGGCACUGUCGCGCACUUUCGCGGAGGUGAUGACGGUGCCGUCGGCCGCAGUGAAGGUUCUAUCCCAAACAUGA